CCUGAUGCGUCAGUGACGUUAGGCUACUGACACUCCGGUGCCCGUAGAAGCGGCUGGACCGCAAUAACAAAUUGAAUGAAGACAGAAAUAUUACUCACAUCGACUGAAAUUGGUUCAAGAUGGCGUCCGAGGGGGAAUACGAGUCGAUUUUGUGCGUAAAACCAGAUGUCAACGUUUAUCGCAUCCCGCCGAGGGCGUCGAAUCGCGGAUACAGGGCGGCUGACUGGAAGCUGGAUACUCCAGACUGGACGGGCCGCAUGCGGAUUACAGCAAAAGGGAAAGUGGCUUAUAUCAAACUGGAGGACAAAGUCUCAGGUGAGCUGUUUGCUCAAGCACCAGUUCAGGAAUUCCCUGGAAUCACUGUGGAGACAGUCGGCGACUCCAGCCGGUAUUUCGUUCUCCGAAUACAGGAUGACAAUGGUCGAAGUGCAUUCAUUGGAGUUGGAUUUGGAGACAGAGGGGAUGCCUUUGACUUCAAUGUCGCUUUGCAGGACCAUUUCAAGUGGGUGAAACAGGAGGAAGAAAUGAGCAAAAGUUCUCAGGCGGUAGAUACUGGACCCAAACUGGACCUGGGCUUCAAGGAGGGACAGACCAUCACACUGAAUAUCGGGCAAGGUAAAAAGAGGGACAAGCCCCGCCCUCAGAGCUCAGGGGUCUUGGGGCUUCUCCCUCCUCCUCCAGGAGGAAAGAUAGCCCCUCCCCCUUCCGCCAAUCACAACACAGAAGAGCCCACAGGAGGAGCAGAGACAGGAUGUUUAUUAGAACUGGACAGCAGUAAUUCCAAUACAGUGGUUCAGUCGAACCCCAGCUCUGACCUGUGGGGUGACUUCUCAAGCUCUGGAAGCACUGUUCCUCCUUCAGCAGCAUGCCAGGAACCUUCGUCUGGGAACUGGGUCCAGUUCUGAGACAGCUUCAUUGCUCCUUAUUCCAUUAUUGUUCGUAUUCCUUCAUCAGAACCACUGCAAUUUUAAGAAACUGAAGAAAAUUUGAGACAAGUUCUAUGUAAAGCUUUCAGUUUUGUCAUCUGCUACGCAAAGCACAACACAGCACAGCACAGCACAGCUGAGAUAAAUAGGCUGUUGGUAUUAUGGAACAAAUCAACCAAAAGAAAUCAUGAAAACGAUUGUAAAGGAGAGAGGGACAUCCCAUUGAAGUUAUAUAUGUGAAACAUUACCAUAAUGUUUUGUUGUUUUUGAUUACUGAUUCAGUAUCUAGUUGUCCUCAGUGUUGGAUGUGUUCACUUUGUUGUCAUAACAUGUGUUUGUCUUUGGAGGAGUGAAUAUGUGUGUGUGCCUGGGUGUUUAAAAAAAGAAGGCAGAUAUGGAUUGAAAAUGUACAGUGAACAGCUUGACAUGUUGCAUAGCAUAAGAAUAUAUAAGAUCUGUACAGUUUAAAUUAAGUAAUAUCAAAGUAUAGAUAAAAAGACCACAGUUUAGUGGAAUAAUAUCCCUCAAAUACCGGGACUAUGUCCAAAUAUUCAUUACAUAUCCAUGCUGUCAUUUAAUUGACUAAUAUACUGUAGUCAUUUAUGUGUUAAACGCAAAUAAAAUAUUCCAAAAUAA